AACAAGAAUAUGAAAGGGAAAGGGGGUGUUGUGAGUCCCUAUUAUAUAAGUGUCCCCCACCAUUAGUCUCUCCCCUUCAACCUCCAUUGAAGGGACACCUCACCCACUCCCUCCAUCCUUAGCUUCUUCAACCCCGUUCCUGUUCCCGUUCCCGUUCCGUUCUUCUCUCCACCACCUUCUUCUUUUUUUUCCGUUUUCUUUCGCCCUUUUUCCAAUCCAAUAUAAAUUAAAUAAAUUUCCCCAAAUUUCCCUUUUCCUUUAAAUAGAAAUCUCAAAAACAUAGAAGCUUUAACUUCCUCUCUUUCACAAGCACAAACCAUGAAACUCAAUUCAGAGAUGGGUUCAUCAUCUCUGAUCCCAACAGCACUCACCUCUACCCCAUCACGUGACUCGCACGUGCACAACCACAACAAGAAGAAAAAGCCUCAUUCCAAGAACCACAAACAGAAGAACAACCGCCAAGUCAACAAAUGGAAAUCCCAAACACAACAAAACCUCUACUCCACCAAACUCCGGCAAGCCCUCGCCGGAUCCACCCUCUCGGGCAGCGGUAAGUCCAUCCGCGAAACCGCCGACAGAGUUCUUGCCAGCGCCGCAAGAGGUAGAAGCCGGUGGAGCCGCGCCAUACUCACGAACCGGCUCAAGCUGAGCUUCAUGAAGAACAAGAUAAAGAAGAAGAAGAAAAGAGUGGGACCGGUGGUCAGGUCGAGAAGAACAAGAACCCGGUUGAACGUGGUUCGAUUGAAGGUAAAGACAGUUCCGGCGGUUCAGAAGAAAGUGAGGUUGUUGGGAAGGUUGGUUCCUGGUUGCAGGAAGGAACCUCUUCCGGUGAUUCUAGAAGAAGCCAUUGAUUAUAUACCUGCUCUUGAGAUGCAGGUUCGCGCCAUGACUGCUCUCGCUAACUUGUUGUUAGCAAAUUCUUCUUCUCCUUCUUCUUCUUC